UCAUCCUUCGCUUUAUUCGAGUCUUCAAAUCUUUCGCGUGUUUCCUUCUUGAACCCUCUUCCACGAAUGAUCCCAUGGCCACUCCCCCUCCUCCUUUCUCCACAUCCUCCCUCUUCCUCUCCUCCUACCGCUCCUUUUCCGCCGCCCUCCCUUCCCCUCCACCCUCCCCUCCCCUCGCCUUCCGCCUCCUCUCCGAUGGCUCCCAGCUCCCUCCGGUCCCCUCUGACUUCCCGCUCUCGAAGCUAAUCCCCCGGACCCGUUUCGUCGUCGACGGCUUCCGCUCCGCCGGUGACUUCUCCGUCUCCUACUUGCUCACCCACUUCCACUCCGACCACUACGCGGGCCUCGGCAGUGCCUGGUGCAAAGGCCUUAUCUUUUGCUCCGCCACCACCGCUCGCCUCCUCGUCGAGAUCCUCAAUGUGUCGCCUUUCUUCGUCGUCUCCCUGUCCUUAGGCGAGUUCACGGAGAUCGACGAAUGGGAGGUGGCCGCCGUCGACGCCAAUCACUGCCCCGGCGCUGUCCAGUUCCUUUUCAGGACCCGUGUCUGCGAAGGGCAGCGACCGGAGAGGUUUAUCCACACAGGUGAUUUCCGUUUCCAUGAACAGAUGACAUUGGACCCUGUUUUAUGCGAUUUUGUUGGCGCGGAUGCUGUUUUCCUUGACACAACGUAUUGCAACCCCAAAUUUGUCUUCCCCUCACAAGAGGAGUCAGUGGAAUACAUUGUCAACACAGUCAAAAGAUUUAAGGAACAAAAUGAGGGAUCAGGUGAAUCGGUUCUCUUCUUGAUCGCAACUUAUGUCAUCGGGAAAGAGAAGAUUUUGCUUGAGAUUUCUCGUCGGUGUGGUUGCCUACUGCAAGUGGAUAACAGGAAGAUGCAGGUUUUGUCUGUUCUGGGGUUUGCUGGUUCAGGCGUUUUUACGGAGGAUGCUUCAGCCAGUGACAUCCACGUGAUUGGUUGGAAUGUGUUGGGUGAGACUUGGCCUUAUUUCAGGCCUAAUUUUGUGAAGAUGAAGGAGAUCAUGGUUGAGAGAGGAUACAACAAGGCGGUGGGUUUCAUUUCAACAGGGUGGCUGAACGAGACAAAGAGGGAUGGAUUUGCAGUGAGGGUUAAAGAUCUACUCGAGAUUCAUCUAGUUCCAUACAGCGAACAUUCAAACUAUAAUGAAUUAAGAGAAUACGUGAGGUUCUUGAGGCCAAAACGGGUCAUCCCAACUGUGGGAAUGGAUGUUGAAAAGCUAGACAGCAAGCAUGCUUUAGCCAUGAGGAAGCAUUUUGCAGGGCUGGUUGAUGAGACAGCAAACAAGCAUGAUUUUCUAAUGGCUUUCCAUCGGAAGUCAGAGGGUGCUGAUACAAGUGCUGGGAAUGACAUGACAGGUAACAGAAACCAGCAAGAGGAUGUGGACAUGGUGGACAAUCCAACUGCAACAUCAAUAAGGUCAUGCCAGCAAUCUGAUUCACAGGAUCUGCAUAUGGUGAAUGAUGAAGAAAUGGAAGGAGUAGUUGAGGACCUUCAAGAUUGCUUGCCGUCUUGGGUGAAACAGGAUCAAGUUUUAGAUCUGCUGAAAAGGUCAAAUGGGGAUCUUGUUAGUGCAGUUUCAGAAUUUUUUGAGCAUGAAACAGAAUUCUAUAAGCAAGCAAAUGCUGGUAACAUUUCUAUUGCUAGCUCUUGUAAAAGCAUUAACACUGACCUCGAGCCGUUGCUUCCUUUGAAGUCUGUCGGCGAAGCCCCUGAAUCUGGUAGAAAGAAUUUCCUUGAUCAAGUGAAACAGUCAACCAACCAAAAUUUACGCCUGCUUACUCCAUCUCUGGCCAAAAAAAGGGGUUUAGGUGGUGGAAACAAGAAAAAAAAGAAAGCAAAAGGUUGCUCAAAUCUAGAAUCAAGUGGAGGCAAACAAUCUACCAUCACAAAUUUUUUCAGAAGAGUUGCAUCGGGUGCUUCUUCCAGUGAUACUUGUGCUGUUACUUCUAAUCAGCAGAUUACUAUUGAAACAUAUAAAGAAGAGUUGGAUCAGUUUCUCCAGAUCAUAAAUAAUGGCAUGCCAAGAAAAUCUGCUGCCUUAUUGCUGGAGAAGGUUAGAGGAAAUAUUGACGUAGCAGUUGAUAUGUAUUAUAGUGGUUCCAGUAAUAUAUUAGAGAAUGAGGGGAAUUUACUCUCGGAAGUUGUUGUCUCAGGUGUUCUUGUAAAUAAGUGUACCAAAAAGGUAAGCAAUUCUUCUGAAGACAAAAUAAGCUUGCCAACAUUGUAUCUACAGGGAAGUUCAAGAGAAGACAAAACUCCAGCUAAUGUAUCAUUACCUAUUGAAAAAUAUUCUCCAAUUGAGCAUGCAUGCUGGAAAGCUGGAGAACCUGCUCCCUACUUGCACCUGGCACUGACUUUUGAUUUAGUGGAACAAGUAAGAGGCAAGAUAAAGACCACAUCUAUGCUGAGUAAUAUGUUCAGAAGCUUGCUUGCUUUGUCUCCUGGUGAUGUGCUGCCUGCUUUAUAUCUGUGCACAAACAAGAUUGCUGCUGACCAUGAAAACAUGGAACUGAAUGUUGGUGGAAGUUUGGUUGUAACUGCACUGGAAGAGGCUUGUGGCAUGAACAGGUCCAGAAUCAAAGAAAUGUACAACACAUUAGGUGAUCUUGGUGAUGUAGCACAAGAAAUCCGGCAAACUCAGUCUUUACUUGCUGCUCCUCGUACACUUUCAAUUCAUCAUUUAUUUUGUAUGCUUCGAGAGAUCAGUAUGAUCACAGGUACUGGAAGUGCUGUCCGGAGGAAAAACCUUAUUGUAAAUCUCAUGCGUUCCUGUAGAGAAAUGGAAAUAAAAUUUCUUGUCAGAACCUUGGUUCGUAAUCUGCGUAUUGGAGCCAUGAUGAAGACCAUUUUGCCAGCACUAGCACAAGCAGUGGUUCUGAACAGUCACUCCCCCUUACAAUGUGUGGGAAUUUCUGAGACCACUAGAUUGCAGCUUCAGGGUAUUUCUGCAGCAGUUGCUGAGGCAUACAAUGUGCUUCCGAAUUUGGAUUUGCUUAUUCCUUCUCUUUUGAGCAAAGGCAUAGAUUUUUCUGCAGCUUCACUGCAAAUGACACCUGGCACACCUAUUCCACCUAUGCUUGCCAGAAUUACCAAUGGUGCUAUGCAAGUGCUGAAAUUGUUUGAGGGUAGAGCUUUCACCUGUGAAUAUAAAUAUGAUGGUCAAAGGGCUCAAAUUCACAGAGCAGCUGAUGGAUCUAUACGAGUUUUUUCCCGACAAAUGAAGGAAACAACUUCUAGAUUCCCGGAUUUAAUAGAUACAAUUAAAGAAUCAUGUAAACAUGAAGUUUCUACUUUUAUAUUGGAUGCAGAGGUUGUUGCUGUGGAUAGAAAGAAUGGUGGGAAACUCAUGUCUUUUCAAGAACUAUCUUCACGGGAGAGAGGAAAUAAAGAUUCCUCGAUAAAAAUUGAUAACAUCAGAGUUGAUAUUUGCGUGUUCAUCUUUGAUAUCAUGUUUUGCAAUGGAGAACGGUUGUUGGAUUUUCCACUUCGUCAAAGGAGGAAGUAUGUGAAGGAUUUGUUUUAUAAGGAAAAGAUGGGUUACUUGGAGUUUGCUAAGGAAAUAACUGUGGAAGCAGAUGAAGCAUGUCUGAAUAAUCAAAACACAUUGUCUAGAAUAAACUUAUUUUUCAAAGAUGCAUGUAAAUCUUCUUGUGAAGGAAUAAUGGUGAAGACUUUGGAUAUUGAUGCUGGAUAUUCUGCAUCAAAACGUAGUGAGGCAUGGUUAAAGGUAAAACGUGAUUAUAUUGAAGGAUUAGGUGACAGUUUUGAUCUUGUUCCUAUUGGUGCUUGGUAUGGAAAUGGUAGAAAAGCUGGAUGGUACAGUCCUUUCCUUAUGGCAUGCUACAAUUCUGAUACUGAAGAAUAUCAAAGUAUCUGCCGUGUUAUGUCUGGUUUUUCUGAUUCCUUCUAUUUAGAGAUGAAGGAAUUCUUUUCUGGCGAAAGAUUAUUGCUCAAGAAGCCAUCUUACUAUCGAACAGACGAGUCACCUGAUCUAUGGUUUCCCCCUGAGCUUGUGUGGGAAAUACGAGGCGCAGACCUCACAAUCUCACCAGUUCACCAUGCUGCUGUUGGCUUAGUCCACCCUUCUCGAGGUAUCUCAGUGAGACUUCCAAGAUACAUACGUUCUUUGUCGGACAGGAAAUCCGAAGACUGCAGCACUGCAGCUGAUAUCGCCUGCAUGUACAAGGCUCAAACAAGAAAGAUGGAGGUGUUCAAGGAAGAUUAGGGAUCUUCAGAAGAUCAUGCAGCUUGUAUUUUGUACAGCAUGGUGAUGAUCUGAGCAUUUAGUUGUGUAAAUAGCUUUGCCCCUCAGUUAAUUCUGUAAGCAAUAUGAGCACCCGACCUUCUUUGUUUUCCAUUUAUAAUUGAUGAUAUUACUGUGAACUUUUCUUUUCAUGAACCUAUGUAAAUGUGAUAUAAAUGUUGUAAAGUUUUUUUUUGCUGCACCUUCA